ACAAGGCAUAUUUCCUGUCUCCUUUGAGGGAGCACAUCAGCCAGUCUACGCCAUACACGCUGGAGGCGCUGUCAGCCCAGCCUAGGCAGAUGACAACUGAUCAUCUGACAGCCUUCCUCAGGAGGGCAGACACCUACAGAUGGAGCUCAAUUCUUUCCUAGUCUUAUGUCGGGAGCGCGCGAACUAGCGCGGGAGCACGCCGUGGCUACAGCACACAGUGACAUUUCAUUUCCUGCAGCGCGUUAUCAUCACCCUUGCAGCAAGAGUAGAGAAAAACGAGCGCCGAGAGGCGGUCGCGGAUGUACUAUAACCACCGGUCUCCUAAAAACUAAUGUAUGCUCUCAAGAAUUUCUCAUGAGGAAAGGCUGAACGGAGAAGAAACCCCUUAGAAUGUUGUGUUGUUACUGCACGGGCGACGAGGAGAAUAAUUCCGGGUCCAACGCCUCCAAAAACGACAGUCCCUCUGCGAGCCAGAGCUUCAUAUCGGGGCCUCAGCUGGAAGAGUACCGAGACGCCUUUAACUUGUUUGACAAAGAUGGCGACGGUUUGAUCAGCCUUGAUGAGCUGUGGACAGCUAUGAGGGACAUGGGACAGUUCACGUCAGAGGAAGAUCUCAGAGAACUCCUGCAUGAAGUUGAUCCUGAUGGUGGCAUGACUAUCCAGUUCGAAGACUUCGUGGUGAUUCUGUCGUCCAUUCUGAAGGCAGAAGCGGACGUGUGUCUGCCUGAAGACGAAGAAGGAGAACUUCGGGAAGCCUUCAAGUUGUUUGACAAGGAAGGGAACGGCUACAUUACAUCUUCGGACCUUAGACAAGUCUUGAACUGCCUGGGUCAAGAUCUGAGCGAGGAAGAAGUGGAUGACAUGAUCGGGGAAGUUGACCAAGACGGUGACGGCAAGAUAGAUUACGACGAAUUUGCAACGGCAGUUUGCGGUAUCACAGACAAACAGCGCCUGGAGUAACGGACACUGUAGAAACCCACAAAAACUACUCUAAUACAUUGAAAACUAGAGAAAGUCGAAGAAUUGUUUACGUGAAUGCGACACCAGAUACGCACUGGAAACUCUGUCAACGCUAUUAUCACCAUCAUCAAGUGAAUGAGCUUUGGGAAAAUGACAAUGUGUGAAUUUGUUAGAAAAAAAACUCUCGUUAGAACAGAGGACUCCACCAGCUAACAAUGAUGCUUUUUGCCCAGCAGCAAACCGGUAGACCCGGAAACAAGACUGCUAUAUCGCAUCAGACUCAGGCAAACGUUAACCUACAUCAAAUCAAGGUUAUUGGACAAGACAGUUCUCACAGAACGUAAAUUUAUUCAGGCAACUAGCAUGGAUUGAAGGGGAUCUCUAUGUCGUUGCCUCCCUAGAACCCACGUGGCGCUUUUUUAUGCAACCUGAUGAAAGAAUUUAAUGUUUUCUCGAACUCGUCUCCAACUCUCGAAAUCUUAAAAACGAAAAGAAUCAUUAGAAGUUGAUCAAAUAAUUUUCAGAGUCUUUAUCACAAGGUAUAUGGAUUAUAUAA